UCGUCGCACACCUCGACGUCAUCAACGCUCGACAGCUCCGUUCGUGAGCUGCGCCAAGUUUUUACGAUAACCAGAGAAGGACCGCGAAAAAGCUAUUUGGUUACAAAGUAAAGGGGCAAAAAUAUAUGUCACUUGAAACCAGCUUGACACUGAAGAAAUGGGAAAUAUUUGAAGAAUAUUUUGGAAAAAUGUCGAUUUCAUAUGAGUUUCCUAAACAGCUGCACAUAAGUAGCUACUACUUAUGUGCAGCUGUGUACAUAAUGUGCUGUGUGUACUCUGUGUUAGUUUAACUUUUCUUUUGUGCGUCCUAGAGAAUUUUCUGAAUUUACUUCCUUUAAUUAAUGAUUGCAUUGAUGAAUUUUUUUUUUUCGAGUUGAUAGCAACUGUUAUUACCUACGAUAUUUACGUUGUCGCUUAAGUGUUCGUUUUAUGGGAUUAGGCCUUUAUUUUGAAUUCUUGCCGGAAGCCAUAUUCUUGUUCAGUCAGCACCUUGAUGUUGGAGUAGUGUAGUUACUUUUGUACACAGGUCAACCUCACGCUGUUUUUUCGACUUUUGGGUUAGAAAGGUUUAACUGAUGAAAUAUUAGAUUAACUUCAGAACAGGUAUGGCGAAAGAACAACAGCCUCACUGGUCGGAUAUUUUGAAAAGGAGGAUAGCAAGCUCCAAAAAAGAUGAGAGAAGCGAGGAGGAAAAGAAAGCAGAAGAAACGGAGCUGUUCACCAAAUACUACACAGAGUGGAAGGGAGAAAACGACAAAGACAAGUCCUACAAGAACAUCCCACGAUUCUACUACAGGCUCCCGGCAGAGGAUGAAGUAUUACUUCAGAAGCUGAGAGAAGAAUCCAGAGCCGUCUUCCUCCAGAGGAAGAGCAGAGAACUGCUGGAUAAUGAGGAGCUGCAGAAUCUGUGGUUCCUGCUUGAUAAGCACCAGGUGCCUCCAGUGAGUGGAGAGGAAGCCAUGAUCAGCUAUGAAGCCUACCUGCAGGUGGGGGAGAGGGCUGGGCCCAAGUGCAAACGCUUCUUCACAGCCCGAGUGUACGCCAAGCUGCUCCACAACGACCCGUACGGCCGAAUCUCCAUUAUGCAGUUCUUUAACUAUGUCAUGAGAAAAGUGUGGCUGCAUCAGACCCGGAUAGGUCUGAGUUUGUAUGAUGUGGCAGGACAGGGCUACCUCAGAGAGUCGGAUCUGGAGAACUACAUCCUGGAGCUCAUCCCCACUCUGCCUCAGCUGGACGGACUGGAGAAGUCCUUCUACUCUUUCUACGUCUGCACUGCUGUUCGCAAGUUCUUUUUCUUCCUCGACCCACUCCGAACCGGAAAGAUUAAAAUCCAGGAUAUAUUGGCUUGCAGUUUUCUGGACGAUUUGUUGGAGUUGAGAGAUGAGGAGUUAUCUAAGGAGAGUCAGGAGUCCAACUGGUUCUCAGCCCCGUCGGCUCUCCGGGUCUAUGGCCAGUACCUCAACCUGGAUAAGGACCACAACGGCAUGCUGAGCAAAGAGGAACUUUCACGCUACGGCACAGCCACUCUAACCUCAGUCUUCCUGGACAGAGUGUUUCAGGAGUACCUCACCUAUGAUGGAGAAAUGGACUAUAAGACCUAUCUAGACUUUGUAUUGGCCUUGGAAAACAGGAAGGAGCCAGCAGCGUUACAGUAUAUUUUUAAACUUCUGGAUAUGGAGAAUCGGGGAUACCUCAAUGUCUUCUCUCUCAACUACUUCUUCAGGGCCAUUCAGGAGCAGAUGAAGCUGCACGGUCAGGAGCCUGUGUCCUUCCAGGAUGUCAAGGAUGAGAUCUUUGACAUGGUGAAGCCUAAAGACCCCUAUAAAAUCACCCUUCAGGAUUUGGUAAACAGUUGCCAGGGUGAUACCGUCAGCAGCAUCCUCAUUGACCUCAAUGGCUUCUGGACCUAUGAGAACAGAGAAGUGCUGGUUGCUAAUGACAACGACAACAGUAACACGGUUGACCUUGACGACACCUGAGAGUGACUGAAUUUCACACUUUUCAAUGUCAGCAGGACAUUGAACCCUUACCUUCUGACUCAGGUCCCUCUGGAUAAGUUGCAAGUAAAUAACUAAACUGUGAAAACCUUGAAAUAAAUGGUAGGGGGUGAAAAGAAAUGGAUAGGAUGGACAGAAGAAGGAAAGUGUGGCAUAUUGCUUUUUGUAAAUAUUGUUGUUUUCCUGUAAAGAAGACCUAAUAUACAUGUUUUUGCCAUUGACCCAAUUUUUUAAAAUAAAUGUUUCCUUUUCAUUCCUUUUCUGACAA